GUGUGCCGGAAGUAUUGUAGCAGCUCAGCCUGGAGGUGGCCGGUGGUGAGCGGUGAAGGGGGACUUGUAGCGGUUGUGACAACAGAGAAGCCUGCCUGUACAUGAGUGCUCUCAGGGGGUUUGAGCGAUGGAGCCCAGUGAGAAGAGCCAGGAUGGUCUUAGGCCGUGUCUGGGACUCUCCACUCGGCAGGCUUUGUCAUCCUUACGGGAGCAGCUUUUAUCUACACUGAUUUCCCACCAGAGAAGUCGAAUAGCUUUCUUGAAGGAUUGGAGACGAAGCUUUUUGCAUCAUGGAAACCGCUCUUCUUGCUUCCACUGGCCCGGAGCUUUGCUAAUGCUGAUUGCAACACUGCUACUUCUCUGUUGUUAUGGUAGCCAGCCAGAUGGAAGCCAGGGAUCUGAAGUGGGAAAUGCCUGCGCACUGUUGCUGUUACUUUUGCUGGAUCUCUUCUUGAUGAGGCAGCAAGAACUACUCAGGCAGAGAGAGGUGGACGGCAGAGUACAGAGGAUCAUCUCACAGAUUGAUGAGGCUCUAAAUAGCUGUCAUGAAUUUGUGUGGAUGGACAACAUGUACCCUGACUUGUACAUGCCAUCAGCACCAUCGUGGUCCCUUCACUGGGUUUAUAGAGACGGGAGACUUGUUAACCUUCCAGUAAGCCUAAUGGUGGAUGGGGAUGUCAUUGCUUUGAGGCCUGGACAAGAGUCAUUUGCAUCACUUAGAGGAAUGAAGGAUGAUGAGCACAUAGUUCUAGAACCAGGUGAUCUGUUUCCACCUUUUUCUCCACCACCUUCCCCUCAUGCUGAAGGCAAAAAGGCGCCACAAGAGCCGCAACACCAUCACCUAUUUCGUGUCAUGAAAACUCCCGUGCUUGAGAAUGUCAGUAACUGGCUGGACCAGGCCCUUGCCCACCCUGUCACUGUUAUGGAUAAUGAGAGGUUCACCGUUCAAUCAGUUAUAUUGAUGUAUGCUGUCCCAGUAAUAAUGGCUGCCUUUCUUAUCACCAAUGCCCUUCGGGUUAUCUUCAAUGCUCCUGGCAUUCCACCUGCUACCUAUGCUUUGUUGCAGCUACAGGUGAAUGCGGUGCUACCAGUUCUUCCUCUUCUAUUCCCUGUUAUGUGGAUUCUAGUUACUGCUCUAUGCGAAGCUCGUGUAUUAGCCCAAAUGAACAGAAACUGCCCUACCUCUCUGGUGGCUAAGUUUUCGGAGGAUACUUUAAGCAGCUACACAGAAGUUGUCUCUAAUCAGGAAAUGUUGCGCUCUGUGUGUACGCACUUCCUGCGUGUUGUAAGUGGAAAAUGCGACACGCUGUCAUAUACUUCUGGUUUGCUGCAUGGCCUGGGGUCUGUUACAGUCAUCUGCUGUGUAGACAAGCAAGGUGUUCUCUCCUGGCCCAAUCCCAGUCCAGAUACAGUCCUGUUUUUCAGUGGUAGAGUGGAUCAGGCCACUGAAAGAAACGAGGAUGUUACUGACCAGCUAUCUUUACACACCUACUGUCAAACAGAGAUGGUGGGAGACGAGCCACAGGAAAUGGUAGCCUUGUUGGCAGACACAGAUGUUGUACAAGUGGAGAAUGAACAAGAGAAUGAUGAACGUUCAAGUGAUCUCUCCAGACCGACUGAUACACAGAAAAAGCCUCAGAGCCGAAACAAACAUCCCUCAGGUUCUAAUGUAAGCUUCAGUCAAGACACUGCUGGGCAGCUAAACAACGAGGCGGAUGAUUUUGUUUGUGACUGCCAUCUAGAGAUGCUCCGGUUGUCGCAGGACCAGCAGAAUCCUCAAAGUAUCCAAUUUGAUGAGUCCAACUGGCCGCUUCACCUGAGCUCUUUGAAACCUCUGGGUCUUAAUGUGCUGCUCAACCUCUGUAACCCAAAUGUGACCAACACCCUUUGUCGCUUUUCUGAUCAUUUAAAGCACAUUGCCCUUCAAGAAACCCACUGCUCUGUGCUCCCAGGACAUAUCCCAUGGGGACUCUGCGACUUUUCUAGGCUCAUCGGUUUCACACCUGGAGCCAAGGACUUGUUUAAACUGCAAAAUCAUGUUGCUCUGUAUCACCUUCCAAGUGAUGAAACUGUGAAGGAGUCUCUUCUUUGCAAGCUUCAAACGGGUCCCAAGCGACGACCGCCGCUCAGCCAAAUGAUCAGCCUUUUUGUCAAGGAUGUCACAUCCAACACAGAGCAGAUGCUGUCCCAUGGAACAGCUGAUAUUAUCCUUGAAGCCUGUACCGAUUUCUGGGACGGAGCUGAUAUUUACCCUCUCUCUGGGUCUGACAGGAAAAAGGUGCUGGAUUUCUACCAGCGAGCCUGCUUGUCUGGUUUCUGCUCUGCCUUUUCCUACAAGCCCAUGCACUUCUCGCUGUCCCCUCAACUACACGGAAAGUGCAUAGAGAUGCACCAUGCUCCUGGUCACAGCACCAUACCAGCGUCAUUUGAUUUAGGGGGAACUGUGCCACUGAAACCUUCUGGCCGCCAUGACAGCUGGAGCUCUGAUGAAGGCAUUGGAGAAGUCCCAGAGGAUUUUACACAGGCUCUCGGUGGCCAAAUCUUUAUGGGGAUGGUCUCGUCACAGUACCAGGCUCGUCUGGAUAUUGUGCGUCUUAUAGAUGGUUUAGUGAAUGCCUGCAUCCGAUUUGUGUACUUCUCCAUGGAUGAUGAACUUAGGAGCAAGGUAUUCGCAGAGAAGAUGGGCCUAGAGACUGGAUGGAACUGUCACAUUUCUCUAACUCCAAACGGUCACGGGACUGGAUCUAUGGUACCACCAUCCAGUCCCAGUAAUGCCGGAUCUCUGCGAGAUGACCUACAUCAGGGUUCUCGAGAAGAUGCAGAGGUCUUGCUACUGAUGGAUGAUGAGGGUCCUUCAGAUAUGAUUAGUUUUCAUCCUACAGAUAGUGAUGUUCCCAGUUUUCUAGAGGAUUCAAAUCGAGCAAAGCUCCCACGUGGUAUCCAUCAAGUAAGGCCUCAUCUGCAGAACAUUGAUAAUGUUCCCUUGCUGGUACCGCUGUUUACAGACUGUACACCAGAAACUAUGUAUGAGAUGAUCCAGAUCAUGCAGGAGUAUGGGGAGGUGACCUGCUGUAUGGGAAGUUCUGCAAACUUCAGAAACAGUGACUUAUUCUUACAGAGUGAUAUCAGCAUUUCUCUGGACCCGCUAUUCCCCUCUCGCUGUUCAUGGGAAAUGUUUGGAUACGUUAGUGGCCCUCUAAUGACAAACAUUUCAGAGGAUCCGUCUCCACUACAUCUCUCUGCUGCUCUGACCAGCUUGGCCUGCUCCAUGUCCUUUAGAAAUGAGGACAGUGUUAGCAUCAUCCGUCUUAUUGAACAGGCUCGUAACGCUACAUAUGGUAUAAGGAAAUGCUUCCUAUUUCUAUUACAAUGUCAGUUAACCCUCGUCCUUGUACAGUUUCUGGCCUGCUUGCUCCAGCUACCUCCUUUACUGAGCACUACGGAUAUUUUAUGGUUGUCCUGCUUCUGUUACCCGUUACUCAGUGUCUCGCUGCUUGGGAAGCCAUCUGACAACGCCAUAAUGUUCGUAGCAACUGGAAAAAAUCUCCGUUCCAUACCGAAAAAGACUCAGCAUUAUUUCCUGAUAUGUUUCCUGCUCAAGUUCCUCCCUUCCUGCUCCUGUUGUCUGGCCUGCUUCUGGUUCUCGCUGCAGAGGUUUUGUGAGAUUUCUUCCCCCAAUAACACCACCAAUUGCUCUGGGUUUCCAGUUUACAGUAAUGAUCUUGGUGCCACAGACUGGUUUGGAUCCUUUUCUGGGGCUCUGCUUAUAGCUCAGAAGUUUUGUGCCUGCCUCAUUGUCCUACACACGGUCUUUAUCUCAGUCAGUCAUGUCCAUCGUUCUAAACCUCUAUGGAGGAGGAGCCCCUUCAGCAACAUAUGGUGGAGCUUGAGUCUUCCUGUCUUGGUUGUCGCACAAGGACUACAGAUAGGCCUGGAUCUACACCUAUGGACAAACUCUGAUUCUUCUCUAAAGUUCAGCCUUUGGGACAUCCCCCUACUGUCAUGGCUGACGGGGUCACUUUCGCUCCUUGUUGUUCUUAUCAUCAAUGAAAUCGUCAAACUGCAUGAGAUAAGGGUUCGUGUCCGUUACCAGAAGAGGCAAAAGCUGCAGUUUGAAACCAAACUUGGCAUGAACUCUCCCUUCUGAUUGCACAGCUUAGCACUGUGGUGUCUAUUGCCCCCACAGCAUCUGAUGAGGGGGAGGCAGACAGGGCUGGUAUAGUUUGACCUCACUGUUGGAUGGAUGCUGCCGAUACAGCUAUUUAUAUCUCACCAAAACCAGCCAUCACCACCAGUGCCUCCUCCCACCUCCUGUGCCUCCACAAUCUCCCUGCCUGUUUACAUGCAUUUAGCAGUUGGAGAAAGCUAACACACACACCUUCUCCUAGUCUUCUCCCUUCUGCACUGAUAGAAUAAGGGAGCGUCAGGUCUUAUGUACCCCAGCAUCGUUCCUUAUUACACAUGCAUGGUUGACCCUCUUGGCGCAAAGCUCUUUUUCUAUAGGUGUCCCGCAGGCCUCUGUGCCAAACGCAUGGCUUGACUAGCAUGGAAAUCUCUAAUGUCCUUUGAACCACUGGACUGUGCUGUAUGCUGCACCUGUGCACAGAGUUAAUUGGUAGUAGUUUUUUUAUUUUUAUGGAUGUAUAUUUUCUUAAAAAAAAAAAAAAAUGAUGUUAAAGGAA